GUUGCUAUUCUGCUGGAGCAACCAGUUUCGCUUAGACAAUCGGCGCACCACUGGCCGGGUAUUUAUUACCUCAUUCGUGCUCAAACAUCUUCCAGAGCAAGAGUGAAUCUCGCGUAAGGUCGCAGUCACCACUUGAUUUCAAUUAAGACUUAUACACAGCUAAAUUUGCGUCGCGAAUCAACCAUGUGUGACACCGGUAGUUUGUACGAGUUCCCGGGACUUCCAAACUGUUUAGAUCGGAUUGCUCGGGCGGAACUCCGCGAAGAUGACCAGCUACGGAAGCAAUCGCUGGAACAGAUGCGUGAGUGGAUCGCGAAGAACCCGCGGAUUAAGAACUGUCGCACGGACGAUGCGUUUCUGUUGCGAUUCUUGCGCACCAAAAAGUUCUCCGUGGUUCGGGCUUGUGAAACGUUGCAAAAGUAUCUCACCAUGAGACAAACAUAUCCGAAGUGGUGCCGGAAGCUGGACCCACAGGAUCCCGAAAUAAGUGCCCUGCUGGACUACUGUGCCCUUGUUCCCGUUGGUCGAGACUCCUCCGGUCGAAUCGUAGUCAUGGGCGUGGUUCGAAACUUUGACGCGACCCGACACGGCUCCGACGACAUGAUUCGACUCAACAUGCUCGUAACGGAAGCUCUGCUGGACGACGAGGCAAACCAGAUUGCCGGCUUCACGCACGUGUUUGACAACAGUGCAAUGACGAUGGCACACGUGACCUGCUGGACGCUGGAGAACAUUGGUGGAUAUUUGCGGAGCAUCGCCAACGGCGUUCCGAUUCGGCUUAAGCAGAACCACUUUGUGAACGUGCCCAGCUUUGCGGCGCAAGUCAGCAAGUACUGCCUGUCGUACGCCAGUGAGAAGCUCAAAUCGAGGAUAUUUUGUCAUCGAAGCAUCGAUGAGUUGCGUAAAAACAUCGAACCCACCGUGCUGCCCGAGGAAUACGGUGGCACCGUUCCGCUGGCCAAGCUGAACGAAAACUUCAAAAAGUAUCUGCUGACCAAGCGUGACAUGCUGCUGGCGCUGGACCGGAUGGAAAUCGUGCUGGGAGGAGGUUCCUCUACGGACCAAACCCACAGUGGAAAAGACAUUGUGGACGCUGGAGCCGUGGGGAGUUUUAGGAAGCUGCAAAUUGACUAGAAGGAGAUUUUGUUUAUGCGCACCACGCGGAAGAUUGUGAUAUGGGUUAUCUUAUCAGUUGGAUAGCAUUGUCUUGAUGAAAUAGAGCAAUGUGCAGACUAU